GACACAACUGAGGGUAUGAACAGAACACAGACUCAGGGAAGACAUGAAGCCCUUUCCUGGUUCAGAGUCCCAACGUGACUUUGUCAUUAGGAAUGGGGUAGUUCCAGAAUGGUUCCAUGGCAUUAUUUCCAGAAAGUAAGUUCUCAAAUUGUGUCUCUGUCAUUGAAAUGCACUCAAUGCUUACCAGCAGUAGCAACCAAGGCUAGAUGAGACCAAUGUAAAUACAAAUGUGUGGCCUGUAGUGUAGGAUAUAUGCCUUAUGACUGUUGUUAUUGUAUUACAGUAGGGCACUGAAGGGUUGUGUUCUGGCAAAUUGCAUGUUGUAAAUUCUUCAGUCAAGUGAGUUCAAACCGAAGUCUGUCCUAAUAUGGCCGUGUCUAUUCGCGGCAGGGUUGCUGAGGAAAUGCUCCUUUCCAAGCCCACGGGCUACUUCCUGAUCCGUGUCAGUGAAAGCAGGAUAGGAUACACUCUCUCCUAUCGGUAAGCCUCUGUACAUUAGAUAGACACUUCCAGGCGAGGCGUCGUUAGAUUGGUUGUUUGUUCAGCUGAUACAUUUAGGAUGGCAUUUUAUAUAAUGGCAUUUCUAUAAACUGGCAGGCAAAGAAAUGUUAACAAUAAGCACAUGAGCAAAUUAGUUGUGUUCUGUUUCCAUAGCUUGUAUCUUAUCUGAUUCUACACCAACGCCACACCUAUUACCCUCUGACAGGCCCUUGUUCUAUUCAACAGUGUAGUUCAAAGUCCUUUUACACUUCCUUAUUUUGGAUUUUCUCUGUACGUCUAGUGCCACUGAUCGCUGCAGGCACUUCAUGAUCGAUGUGCUGAAGGACAAUCACUACAUUAUUGUAGGAGAGGACAUGCGUCACAGGGCACUGCAAGACCUGGUGAACUUUCACUGUACGGUGCCUGUCAUGCAUUUCAAUGAGCUGCUGACUGUAGCUUGUGGACAGGUGAGGAACUAUACUUGAUUCCGUAAACUGUGAACUACCAUAUUGUUCAUUUUGUACACACACAGGUACCUUAUAGGCUUGAAUUGAGUUGGGUUGAUAUGGCAUACACACACAGUAGUCAGGGUACAGCACACUGCUUAAAUUUUGUACACUGUUGUGGAUACAUACAGUGAGGGGAAAAAAGUAUUUGAUCCCCUGCUGAUUUUGUACGUUUGCCCACUGACAAAGAAAUGAUCAGUCUAUAAUUUUAAUGGUAGGUUUAUUUGAACAGUGAGAGACAGAAUAACAACAAAAAAAUCCAGAAAAACGCAUCUCAAAAAUGUUUAGCAUUUUAAUGAGGGAAAUAAGUAUUUGACCCCCUCUCAAUCAGAAAGAUUUCUGGCUCCCAGGUGUCUUUUAUACAGGUAACGAGCUGAGAUUAGGAGCACACUCUUAAAGGGAGUGCUCCUAAUCUCAGUUUGUUACCUGUAUAAAAGACACCUGUCCACAGAAGCAAUCAAUCAAUCAGAUUCCAAACUCUCCACCAUGGCCAAGACCAAAGAGCUCUCCAAGGAUGUCAGGGACAAGAUUGUAGACCUACACAAGGCUGGAAUGGGCUACAAGACCAUCGCCAAGCAGCUUGGUGAGAAGGUGACAACAGUUGGUGCAAUUAUUCGCACAUGGAAGAAACACAAAAUAACUGUCAAUCUCCCUCUGCCUGGGGCUCCAUGCAAGAUCUCACCUCGUGGAGUUGCAAUGAUCAUGAGAAUGGUGAGGAAUCAGCCCAGAACUACACGGGAGGAUCUUGUCAAUGAUCUCAAGGCAGCUGGGACCAUAGUCACCAAGAAAACAAUUGGUAACACACUAUGCUGUGAAAGACUGAAAUCCUGCAGCGCCAGCAAGGUCACCCUGCUCAAGAAAGCACAUAUACAGGCCCGUCUGAAGUUUGCUAAUGAACAUCUGAAUGAUUCAGAGGAGAACUGGGUGAAAGUGUUGUGUUCAGAUGAGACCAAAAUCGAGGUCUUUGGCAUCAACUCAACUCGCAGUGUUUGGAGGAGGAGGAGGAAUGCUGCCUAUGACCCCAAGAACACCAUCCCCACCGUCAAACAUGGAGGUGGAAACAUUAUGCUUUGGGGGUGUUUUUCUGCUAAGAGGACAAUUUCACCGCAUCAAAGGGACGAUGGACGGGGCCAUGUACUGUCAAAUCUUGGGUGAGAACCUCCUUCCCUCAGCCAGGGCAUUGAAAAUGGGUCGUGGAUGGGUAUUCCAGCAUGACAAUGACCCAAAACACACGGCCAAGGCAACAAAGGAGUGGCUCAAGAAGAAGCACAUUAAGGUCCUGGAAUGGCCUAGCCAGUCUCCAGACCUUAAUCCCAUAGAAAAUCUGUGGAGGGAGCUGAAGGUUCGAGUUGCCAAACGUCAGCUUCGAAACCUUAAUGACUUUGAGAAGAUCUGCAAAGAGGAGUGGGACCAAAUCCCUCCUGAGAUGUGUGCAAACCUGGUGGCCAACUACAAGAAACGUCUGACCUCUGUGAUUGCCAACAAGGGUUUUGCCACCAAGUACUAAGUCAUGUUUUGCAGAGGGGUCAAAUACUUAUUUCCCUCAUUAAAAUGCAAAUCAAUGUAUAACAUUUUUGACAUGCGUUUUUCUGGAUUUUUUGUUUGUUAUUCUGUCUCUCACUGUUCAAAUAAACCUACCAUUAAAAUUAUAGACUGAUCAGGUCUUUGUCAGUGGGCAAACGUACAAAAUCAGCAGGGGAUCAAAUACUUUUUUCCCUCACUGUAAGUGAAUUGACAUGUUUUUGACUAAACAUUCUCCCCCCUCAUCUACUUCUUGUUGUAGGUAUCAACAGACAAGGCUAAUUAUGCAGAACCGUUAUUCCUGAUUAACCCUAAUCAUGGUGUGUUGCUAAAUAACCCCCCACACAUUAACAGUAGUACUCAUCUAAAACCAGAUGAGGACACUUCACCUGCUUUCCAACAUCGUCCCAGCACAUUGAGUGACCCUGCCGACAAGCCUCCAAACACUAGCAAACUACCUAUAACUCCAAACGGCCAUCCUCCAUGACUCUACCCCUACCUGGAGACUGAGUUAAACACAAUGAGCCUCCAAAACCCAAGCGUGGUAAAAAUGCUGGAAUGUCAUUGUGUUUACAUUGUGUGUUUGUUGGGGGAUAGGGCUAAAGUUUUAUUUUCAUUGUUUAAAUGUUGAGAUAUUGCAAAAGCAUUGUUGGCCUAUAUUGCCCCACAUAUUUGUCUGCAGGUUGAAUCCACUGAGAUCAAAGAGAACUGAAGUUAGACUGUAUUCUUCCACUAUCUAUUCUGUACAUUCCAGGUAGAUCGUACUGCUAAACCAGUGCCAUUGCCCAGAAAGAUACUUAGUCACCGCGGCCCAGCCAGACCAACCUCCUGAGUUACCUGCCAGAGCUCCCUGCUCUUCCACAGAGAAAGAUCAAGGACCAGAGCAGCACUGCACCUGAAGGGCCCCCCAGGACCCAUGAUGGUGUGUACAGACAGAUGACCACAGGCCCGACCAAACACACACCACCAGGACCCAAAUCCCAACAAACAGAAGAAUUAAGAUGUAAAGUCAGAGGAAGUUCCAUAAUAAGAGAAGUGCCUCUCAGGAGCACAUGUAUGCAGAGAUCAGUGUGGAGGCUGAGCAGAGGCAAGGGGAAACAGUCCUGGAGGCCAGAGAGGGACAUUGAUACAGCUGGUGAGAACGAGUACCAGAUGCUUCCAGGAGAGAUUGCCAAUGGCCCUCCACCCAUUACUGAUGUUACCACUGUUAGACCCACAUACAGGGGGUUACCGCCAAAAUACCUGCCCCCACCUCCUUUUGCCCUUGGAUACUAAUGUCCACUUCUCUACCCUCGAAUGGAUGGAUGGCUGGAUGGAUGGACACAUUAAUGUAGUUGUAGCAUGCAAGACUGUUCAUGAGAGAAAGAUGUCUGUUGAAGGCAAUGAUGAGUUAAAGUUAAUGACGGUCUGAGGAGUUCAUUAUUUAACUGUAUAUCUAUAAUUUAUUUUACAAAUUAACAUUGAGUGCUAUUUAUGUCUGCAAUAAUCUCUGGUUAGUAGUUAGACAAUGUCCAAUGCUUUACAAUACUGUGUAUGGUGGACUAUUUCAUAUCAAAUGUGAAAAUAAUUUAGUUUUAUGUCAUGUGAGGAAUUAUGUUAAACAUCUUGUUAAAAUUGGCA